UCCGCUCCAUCUCCUCUAUCCGCUCCAUCUCCUCUAUCCGCUCCAUCUCCUCUAUCCGCUCCAUCUCCUCUAUCCGCUCCAUCUCCUCUAUCCGCUCCAUCUCCUCUAUCCGCUCCAUCUCCUCUAUCCGCUCCAUCUCCUCUAUCCGCUCCAUCUCCUCUAUCCGCUCCAUCUCCUCUAUCCGCUCCAUCUCUAUCCGCUCCAUCUCCUCUAUCCGCUCCAUCUCCUCUAUCCGCUCCAUCUCCUCUA